AUGGGCGUUGAAGGCACCCACGACGAGCGACAUGGCUCUGUCGCCCUCCAGACUGCCGACAAUGUUGAGCAGAUCGAGGCUCCCGUCACCUGGAAGGCCUACCUGAUGUGCGCCUUCGCCUCCUUUGGUGGUAUCUUCUUCGGUUACGAUUCCGGAUACAUCAACGGUGUCAACGGCUCGCUCUACUUCAUUCACCAGGUCGAGGGCUCUACCGCUACCAAGCUCAGCGAGAGCAACCAGUCUCUCAUCGUCUCUAUUCUUUCUUGCGGUACCUUCUUCGGUGCCCUCAUCGCUGGUGAUCUUGCCGAUCGCAUGGGUCGCAAGUGGACUGUUAUCCUCGGCUGCCUCAUCUACGCUAUCGGUGUUGUUAUUCAGAUGAUCACUGGUCACGGUGAUGCCCUCGCUUGUAUCGUUGUCGGUCGUCUUAUUGCCGGACUCGGUGUCGGUUUCGAGUCUGCCAUUGUUAUCCUCUACAUGUCCGAGAUUUGCCCCAAGCAGGUCCGUGGUGCUCUCGUUGCCGGUUACCAAUUCUGUAUCACCAUCGGUCUCCUCCUCGCCGCCUGCAUCGUCUACGGCACCGAGAAGUACGACAGCAUGAAGUCGUACCAGAUCCCCAUCGGUCUUCAGUUCCCCUGGGCUGUCAUCCUUGCUGGUGGUCUCUUCUUCCUCCCCGACUCCCCCCGAUACUUCGUCAAGAAGGGUAGAAUCGAAGACGCUAUCGAGGCUCUUUCCCGUGUACGUGGUCAGCCCAAGGACUCCAAGUACGUCCAGUCUGAGAUCGCCGAGAUCGUCGCCAACGAGGAGUACGAGCGCCAAAUCAUUCCCUCCACCUCUUGGUUCGGUAGCUGGGCCAACUGCUUCAAGGGCAGCCUCUGGGAUGGCAAGUCUAACCUUCGCCGAACUAUCCUUGGUACUUCUAUGCAGAUGAUGCAGCAAUGGACUGGUGUCAACUUCAUCUUCUACUACUCUACUCCCUUCCUCAAGUCCACCGGUGCCAUCUCCAACGCUUUCCUCAUCUCUCUCAUCUUCACCCUCGUCAACGUCUUCUCCACUCCUCUGUCCUUCUGGACCGUUGAGCGAUUCGGUCGCCGCAGCAUCCUUCUCGUCGGUGCCUUCGGUAUGCUUGUCUGCCAGUUCAUCGUCGCCAUCAUCGGUGUUACCAUCGGUUUCAACCACACUCACGCCGCUCCUACCGAUGCCGACCCCGAUGCCAGACUCGCCAACAACAUCAGCGCUGUCAACGCCCAGAUUGCCUUCAUCGCCAUCUUCAUCUUCUGGUUCGCUUCCACCUGGGGACCUGGUGCCUGGAUUGUCAUUGGCGAGAUCUUCCCCAUCCCUAUCCGAUCUCGUGGUGUUGGUCUGUCCACUGCCUCUAACUGGCUCUGGAACACCAUCAUUGCUGUCAUCACCCCCUACAUGGUUGGCGAGAACCGAGGUAACCUCAAGUCCUCCGUCUUCUUCAUCUGGGGUGGUCUCUGCACCUGCGCCUUCGUCUACACUUACUUCCUCGUUCCCGAGACCAAGGGUCUGUCUCUCGAGCAGGUCGAUAAGAUGAUGGAGGAGACCACUCCCCGAACCUCCGCCAAGUGGAGGCCCCAUGAGACCUUCGCCCGUGCUGGUGACAUCAAGGUUGUCCCCAAGACCGAGCACGACGACCACGUCUAA